UUCCCUCCUCAUUCUCACUUUCUGCCCCGCUGGAGGUGCACCUCGUCUCCGGCUUCGUGAGUCCUUUGUCUUUUGGUCUGCGCAGGAACUCUGGGACUCCUGUGGGACUGAAUGGAUUUGGGUGCCCACUGACCCGCACUUCUGAUCCGAACACACACACACACACAAGUGAAGAAGAAGGAGGAGGAGGGCGCAGACUGACCGGCGGACCUGCGCUUGUUCUCUCACCCUGUUCUCCGGCUCCUGGGCUUGUUCUCGAUCUGUUGUCCUGAAUCCACGGACACAUCAUGGGGAUCCUCGCUGGGAUUUACGCGCUCAGCCUCGCGCUCUUGCUGGGUUGCGCUCAGUGCGCCAUCGAACAAAUCCCUGAGAAACUCCUCGUCCUGACUGUUGCUACAGAAGAGACUGAUGGCUUUCUCCGCUUCAUGCAGUCUGCAAAUUACUUCAAAUAUUCAGUCAAGGUUUUAGGAAUGGGUGAGCAGUGGAAAGGAGGGGACGUCGGAAACUCGAUUGGUGGAGGACAAAAAGUCCGACUGCUCAAAGAAGCAAUGGAAGCAUUGGCUGACCAAGAAGACCUGGUGAUCCUCUUUGUGGACAGUUAUGACCUUAUCUUUGCUGGAGGCCCAGAGGAGAUCUUGAGGAAGUUCCAGCAGGUCAAUCACAAGGUGGUGUUUGCUGCAGAGGGUGUGAUCUGGCCGGAUGCGCACUUGGCAGAGAAGUACCCGUACGUUCGCAGUGGAAAACGCUUCCUGAACUCUGGAGGCUUCAUCGGCUACGCCCCGCACAUCAAUAAGAUUGUGAAUCAGUGGCAGUUGCACGACAACGACGAUGACCAGCUCUUUUACACAAAGAUCUAUGUGGAUCCACUGCAAAGGGAACGUCUUAACAUGACUUUGGACCACAAGUGCCAGAUAUUUCAGAAUCUAAACGGAGCAGUGGAUGAGGUUUUGCUGAAGUUCGGGACAGAGAGGGUUCGGAUCAGGAACAUUGUCCACGAUAGUCUUCCUGUGGUCAUCCAUGGCAACAUAAACACCAAAAUUUAUUUGAACUACUUGACCAAUUACGUCCCAAAUGUCUGGACCUACGAGCGGGGCUGUACCACCUGUGACCAAGACAUGUUGGAUUUGUCUCAACUCGCAGAUUAUCCAAGAGUUAGGAUCGGCGUGUUUAUCGAGCAGCCGACCCCAUUUCUUCCCGAGUUCCUCCAGCGGAUCUUGACUCUGGAUUAUCCCAAAGAUAAACUGGAUGUCUUCAUCCAUAAUAGUGAGGUUUACCAUGAGAAGCACUUAGAGGCAUUCUGGAAGGAGAACAAAAAUGUAUUCCAUAGUUUUCAAGUUGUUGGCCCUGAAGAGAUCUUGAGCCAAGGAGAAGCAAGGAACCUGGGCAUGGACUUGUGUCGAAGAGAUCCUGAGUGUGACUACUAUUUCAGCAUCGACGCCGAUGUCAUGCUCACAAACCGUCAGACAUUGAAGCUACUCAUGGAACAAAACAGAAAAAUUAUUGGCCCUCUUGUCACCCGUCAUGGCAAACUGUGGUCCAACUUCUGGGGAGCUCUGAGCUUGGACGGCUAUUACGCCCGCUCUGAGGAUUACGUCGACAUCGUGCAGGGGAAGCGAGUUGGCGUGUGGAACAUUCCAUACAUGGCCCAUGUUUACCUCGUCAAAGGUGAGGUUUUAAGGAACGAGCUGAAGGAGAGGAACAUUUUCGUCCUGGAGAAACUCGACCCCGACAUGGCUUUGUGUAGAAACGCCAGGGAGUUGACAAUACACAGAGAAAAAGACUCUCCUUCUCCGGAAUCAUUCCAUAUGCUCAGAUCCCCAAAGGGAGUUUUCAUGUACAUUACAAACCGUCAUGAGUUUGGAAGGCUUAUUUCUACAGCCAACUACAACACAUCCCACUUGAACAAUGAUUUAUGGCAAAUAUUUGAGAACCCUGUGGACUGGAGGGAGAAGUAUAUCCAUCCAAACUACUCCCAGAUCUUCACAGAGAACCGUCUGGAACAGCCAUGUCCAGAUGUGUUCUGGUUUCCUGUGCUAUCUGAACAAGGCUGUGAUGAGAUGGUGGAAGAGAUGGAGAACUUCGGCACUUGGUCUGGUGGAAGACAUGAGGACAAACGCAUUUCUGGAGGAUAUGAGAGCGUCCCUACCGACGACAUCCACAUGACACAGAUCGGGUACGAGAAGGAGUGGCUGCACUUUAUCCGAGAGUUCAUCUCACCAGUCACACUCAAGGUCUUCUCCGGAUAUUACACCAAGGGCUAUGCUGUCAUGAAUUUUGUGGUGAAAUACACCCCUACCAGACAGGCCUAUCUAAGGCCUCACCAUGACUCCUCCACCUUCACCAUCAACAUCGCACUCAACCAUAAGGGCCUAGAUUUCGAGGGUGGAGGCUGCAGGUUCCACAGAUAUAACUGCUCAAUAGAGUCUCCAAGAAAAGGCUGGAGUUUCAUGCACCCAGGCAGACUAACGCAUCUUCACGAAGGACUUCCCACCACCAGAGGCACACGCUACAUCGCAGUGUCCUUCGUCGACCCUUAACUUUACUCACUCAGGGGCGAGUUUUUAAAUUGAUGUGCGAUUUGACGUUUUGUUCUUAUUGUACGAAAGUUUUUGGUUUAAAAUUGUUUGUGUCUUUUACUGCUGUGCAAAGAUCAAAACCAAUUCAUCAAAGAUGCACAGAGAUGGUUAUUAUAAUAAGGAUAUAAUAAGGAUAUUCUGUAUUAUUUUUAUUUUUUUACACAGUAGUGCUUGGAAAAUAAUUGGAGAUCAUUUCUUCCCUUUGUUACCAAAUGAUCAAUGAAAACAUUCUUUUUAAUGUAAUUCUUCAGGAAUGAUAAAACUGCUGAUGUAGUUAAUGAGGUGCUGUUAUUCAUUUUUAUUCAUCUCCAGACUUUUUUUUUAUUAUUAAGAUUUGUUUAAAUCCACAAGCAAAGAGAUGACAACCGGAUUUGAUUUGAAUCUGGUUGAACUGAAGUUUUUUUUUAUAAAAAUGAAUUUUUACUUGAAGUGCUAAGUUUCCUGGCCACAGCAUGGGCUUAGUUUAAAUUAAAUUAUAUUCUUGGUUGAUAUACACCAUUGUAAAUGGUUGGUCUAGGACUAGGACUAAGCUUAGUACUGUAUGUUUCCAGAAACUGGUACUGUUAACCCGAAGCAAAAACGUCUGGCAUGUCCUGAGUCCUUGAAUCGAACCUUUUGGAGAUGUCAGAUAUUUUACUUUCACUGAAAGAUGUUGUUUUAACUGAACUUUGAGCCUCUGCCUCAUCCAUUUCUUUUAACUUAUUUUGAGAAAAAAAAUGUAAUAAAUGAAGAUGUUCUUAAAAAAAUAAAAGCUUCAUUUUUAA